CCUUUGCAUUCCGACAUUCACUCAAUCAAAAACAUCCGUUAAUCUACGAAAUACAAGCAAACCAUUUAAUUUCGAGCACUUAACCCCGAAGAAUUCCAUCUCCACUUUUCUUCCUCCUCAGUAAUACAAACACCAACCACCAACCCCCAAAACAAAACCAUGUCUACAACCCCAAAAAUCGCAAUCAUUGGCGCUGGACCGGCGGGUCUAACUCUCGGUGCCAUCCUCCAAAAGCACAACAUCUCUUUUACCAUCUACGACUCAGAUUCAUCGCCUAACGAGCGCAACCAAGGGGGAACUCUUGACCUCCACCCCAGAGGUGGUCAAGCUGCACUCGUCGAAGCCGGUCUCUGGAAAGAAUUCACCAAAUACGCCCGACCAGAAUCAGACGUUCUGAAGAUUGUGAAGAAUGACGGUGAAGUUCUCUGGGACGGCAACACGACCGACAAGCGUGAAGUUCCCGAAGAAGAGAAGUUCGCCAAUCGUCCUGAAAUUGACCGUUCCGCCUUGAAGGAGAUCUUACUUGGUGCCGUCAAGCCAGAGUCUAUUCGUUGGGGCAAGCAUUUGAAGGAAGCUAUUGCUGGCCAAAGUGGAAAGUACGAUUUGCACUUUGCGGAUGGCUCGAUUGAUAAGGACUUUGACCUUCUCGUCGGCGCUGAUGGAGCUUGGUCAAAGAUCCGAAAGCUACUCUCUGACACUUUGCCUACAUACUCCGGUAUCAGCUUGAUCGAGUGCUGGACCUACGACGUUGUCAAGGAGAACCCCUGGAUGGCCGAGUAUGCUGGUGCUGGUAGCUGUUAUUCAUUUGGCGAAGGCCGUACCAUUCAGAUCCAACGCAUUGGUGAUGGCAGCGUGAGAACAUAUGCCUGUCUCCGAAAACCUGAGUCAUUCCUAAAGGACUGCGGUAUCGACUGGACCAACCCCGGCCCUGCUAAGGAGCAAUACGUCAAGGAGUAUUUCGAUGAUUGCGGUGCAGACUUGAAGAGAAUGAUCCUAGAGAGCAAAGACAAGUUGGUUCCACGCACUCUCUAUCAGCUACCAGUGGGAUUUUCGUGGGAGUCGAGACCUGGCGUUACUCUCAUCGGAGAUGCGGCUCACCUCAUGACCCCAUUCGGCGGAGUUGGUGUCAAUGCAGCCAUGAUGGACUCUCUGUCAUUGGCACAAGAAGUUGUCAAAUUCGUUGAGAGAGGUGAAGGAAAGAGUCUGGCAGAAGUUGUCAAGCAAUAUGAGGUCGACAUGUUUCCUCGGGGUGAAAUGUUCGCUAAGAAGACCAUGGACAACAUGCAGAAACAUUUUAGUGCGGGUGGAAGUGAGCAUCUGGCAGGCCGCCUGAUUGCUCACUAUCGCAAACCGGCCUCCACUUCUUGAAAGCAUUCUUGCACCAGCGUUCCGAACUCAUGGAUUUAUGCUGGAGUAGAUCGGUGCAUUUUGGCGUCAUUGCUUGUCUUCUUGAGGGAGUUGGGCGGUCUUCGUUGCUUUGGAAAUAAUAUUCGGAGGGUAAUUGAGAAAAGCGAGGAGUUUAUUUGUUUAUUUGUUUCGCAAGACUUUACCUUAAGACCCAAUCACAAAAUUCACAUCAACCACACCUGUUCCUUGAUACGUGAGUACGUUCCUAGGUGUGCUUAAAGUCAUGGGCCUCUGAGUAGAGGCUACAGUAGACUA